AUGUUCUCCCGCGACUCCAAGAUGGUGUCGAUGGCGCUCGCCACCGGGGUCGUGUGCUCGCUCGCCUCCAUCACCUCGGCAUUCAAGUUGAUCGAAGGCUCCGGAGCCCAGAUCAUCCCCGGUCGAUUCAUCGUCGCCGUCUCGAGUUCGAGUAGCAGCUCGCUUGGGAAGCGUGCGGAUGAGGUCAGUGCCUUCUUGUUUGUGUUGCUGCUCUCACGAAGGUCAAGCGCUCGAGCUGGCGAACCAUCGCCGGAUCCGGACCUCGAGCGCGAGGAAGGGGUGGACUGGGCUAUAGUGCUCGGCGCGCGGCUGGGUUGACUUGGAGCCUGAUCGUGUACCUCUUGCUCAUAAUGACCAACAGGACAUCGCGGGAGUCAUCAACAAGAUCAACGAUAUUGGAAUCGACGCCAAGACCAGAAAAACGUACCAGUCGCCUGGUCUGCUCACGGGAGCCAGUAUCGUCGUGCCGCAAAACACCACCGCCGCUGAUCUUUUGGCCGUCCCCGGGGUCACCGUGAGUUCGGACUUUGGGGAUGAUUAUUGAUGCAACGACAUCAUUUGGUCUCUGACUCAGAUAUUUUGAUGCUCGCUCCCUUAACAGAAAGUUUGGCCCGUCCGAAGUAUCCCUCGACCCGUCACCUACACCACCAGCGAAGCCAAGGGCAAGACGAGUCGCGGCACUUCGGCGACCGACAUCUCGGCUCGAGGCAAGGUACUCAGUCGUCGCGACGCAUACACGGAUGACACAUGGUCCCCCCACCAAAUGACGGGUGUCGACGUCAUGCACGGCAAGGGCUUCCUCGGCUCCGGUAUCAGGGUCGCCAUCUUGGACACGGGUGUCGAUUACAAGAACCCCAUCUUGGGCGGCUGCUUCGGCAAAGGCUGCAAGGUCGCGUUUGGGUAUGCUUUCGUCGGCGAUUAUGACGAGACGACAACUGGACCAGACCCGUACACCAACUGCUCUGAUCAUGGUACCCAUGGUCAGUCAGCAGCUGGCUAAUACAGUGGCCAGAUUGAGCAAAAGCUGACUUUUCCAAGUACGACGCUAUUCACCACUCAGUGACGGGCAUCAUCGGCGCCAACGCCAACUCGUACGGCUUCACCGGUGUCGCACCACAGGCAACGAUUGGCAUGUACCGCGUUUUUAGUUGCUCUGGCAACACGGGCGAGGAUACAAUCGUCGAAGCGUUGCUCAAGGCCGCCGAGGACAGGGCCGAUGUUAUCAACAUGAGUCUCGGCGGGCCCGUCGGGUGGCUCGAUGGCUCGCCAACGCAAGCACUGGUCGAAAGGCUCAACGCCAAGGGUAUCGUAACAAUGAGUGCGGCCGGUAACGAACAAUCCGAGGGCAUGUUCUUUGCCGAGUUCCCAGCCGCUUCGAGGACCGGAGUCGCCGUCGCUUCGGUCGAUGUCGCCAACUUGCCGGCGUACGACAUGGUCUUCAAGACGGGGGGUUACCCCAAGAUGCCUUACCUCUCCGCCAGCGCGUUUAGCACCUCGUCGACGCUUAAAGUCUACUUCACUUCAACUGAUACGAAUGCACUCGACGAUGCAUGCAGCCCUCUGCCCUCGUCGACGCCGGAUCUUCGCAACUAUCUCGUCAUCAUGCAACGAGGAACGUGCAACUUUGCGACCAAGAUGGGGUACGCCGCCGACAAGGGCGCUCGCUUUGCUAUGAUCUACAACUCUGCGACCGGCGCGACGCUGCCUUACAUUGGUGCCGACAACACGGGCCUGACCGCCGUCGCCGGUCUGCGACGCGAGGAUGGUCUUUUGCUGCUCAAGUACUACCUCGCUCAAAAGAAGAAGGGCCCCAGUGUCGCCUUCCCGAGCAACAGCAAACUCGUUUCGGGCGCUGCCGACACUCAGACCGGCGGCCAAAUCAGCGCCUUUAGCAACUUCGGGCCGACCAACGACAUGUACGGCCAGCCGAGCUUCGCCGCACCCGGUGGCAACAUCCUCAGCACGUUCCCCAUCGUUCUAGGCACGGUCGGCGUCCUGAGUGGGACCUCGAUGGCGACCCCUUUUGCUGCCGGAUCGGCAGCGUUGCUUCUGUCGGCUCGCAAGUCCGACAAGCUCACGCCUGCGCAAAUUCGUUUCUUGUUCGCCUCGACGGCCAACGUCGUCCCUGUCAGCCGCAAGGCAGCGCAACCUCUGACAACCACGCUCCUGCAAGGAGGAGGGCUGAUCCAGGUCGAUCAGGCCUACGCCGCCAAGUCCUUCAUCUCCCCAUUUGAGCUCAUGCUCAACGACACCGCCCACUUCAACAACACACAAACGAUGACGAUCACCAACAAGAACUCCAAAGCCGUCACGUAUCGAUACGUCAACACACCCGCACAGGUCCGCGUCACGUACGACACCGCUCGUUCGAACCUCCCUUCGUUGAGCCCUGCUGCGGUUACGGAGGAGACAGCGGCAGGUGUCUCGUUCCGACCGGGACGCAUCACGAUCCCCGCGGGGCAGACGUCGACCGUUCGCAUCACGUUCCAGGCACCCAAGUUCGUACAGCGGUACUUGUCCUUGUACCCGAUGUACAGUGGUUUCAUCACCAUUACCGCCGACGAUCCCGCGAAACAAAAAUUCCAGAUCCCGUACUUUGGCAUGGCCGGCAACAUGAGCGACAUGCAGAUCCUCGACAAGACGUCGACCUACGCCGACAAUUACCAGUCCGGCCUCAAGUACCCUUUCAUUACCGACGGUAAUGAAGCUCAAACAGCGAACAAGGUCAAGGAUUACCCUAUCGCCAACGGUCUCACCCUGUAUUUCCGACUUGCUCGUAAGUAAUUCUUGUCGCGCAGUCAUGUAGAGCCAUUGCUGACAGUUUUUCACACACCACCCCGCAGAGGCUACCAGAGCCUACAACGUCGACCUGGUCUUUGCCAACACGACGUUCAAACCGACGGUCUUGCCCAGCAACAACGCGAACCUCAAGCGCCGAUCGCUCUCGAGUGACUAUGAGCAAGAGUUCGAGUCGCUCGAAGUCGACGCGUCCGAAGACAGCCACAUCCUCGCUCGCUCGGGCUUGAUCACACGAGCUGUGCAGUCCUAUGCAUCGACCUCGAUCGUCGGUCGUGUCAGCAGUAGUCAGAACCAACCCCGAGACUGGGCCAUCGAGUCGGGAAUUGGACUCGGGUUCUCUGACCAGCAAAUCAGCUUCACGGGUCAAUACCAGACGACACCGACCAGUGGCGUUUUUACCGAGGCCGAUACCGCCACCCCGUACAGGCUUUUGCUUCGGUAAGUUUUUUACGUGAACCGGAGAGGAUGCUCAGAGACUAACUCGGAUACGCUCCUUCUCGUUUCGCAGCACGCUCAAGACGACAGCCGAUCCGAAAGUCGAGUCGAGUUGGGAGAGUUGGCUCAGUCCUCCGUUUACGCUCAGCAGUUGAUUGGGAAAUCUUGGUUGGGGCUGAACAUCCGGACACUUAUUAUUACCCAUGGAAAAUAAUAUUAUGACAAUCACGAAUAAUGAGCUACUUCGCAUGCAACACCCAAAAAAGGAGUCCUCCGCUGUCCGGGCGGCUACCCGAUCGCCGACAAAGGCUACUGUUAUAGUCAAAAUUCCUACACUGGGGAUACUCCGUUCAAGAAGUUCGUCAACAAGCUAAAUAUUGCGAUGACGGACUUUCAGAAUCUCGGUGCUCCACUCCCGCAUUGCUUGACGUCGGCGUGCGUUCUGUACGGCGAGAAUUGGUGGAAUGCGCAGCCGGUUCAUCGUCACUCAAGAAAGCUGACAGGAGCACAGUUGAGCUAUUCCGUUCAUCAAAUUGAACUGCUGGCGAUCUAUGAGGGUUCUCAAGCACAAGAGCAUCCUGAUUGCACGCAGAGGGAUCGUUCUUUCGGAUAACAGUUCUUUGGAGUGGUUCUUGACAACCAAAGAGAUGAAUGAUCAGCAGGCGCGAGCGUAUGCGUUUAUGUCGCAGUUUGACGUCACGAUCCGACACAUCGAUGGCGAAUGCAAUCAUGUUGCGAAUGCUUGCGCGUCAGUACGAGGAUGACAAUAUUGCUGAUGGAAACGUGGACGGCACCAGACUGGAUGAUUUCAACACCGAGCGGGACGACGCACCUUUGUUGCUCGAUCGUACACUUGCAGUGGUGCAAUGAAGACGUCGGCGAAAGCCAAGGGUAAAAGCAGAGACAUUGAGCGACCCACAGCAAAGACGAAGACGACGAGAUAGGUGUCGGGGAACCGAGCAGCGAAAGCGCAAGCGGCACGUCUCGAGGAAGAAGGUGGAACACCUUCGAAGAAGCUUUGAAUCAGGUCGAGGAUUACCACCGUCGGUUCAUGAAAGCUCUGACGAGUUAUGCCGGCGACAAGUUCUUUCAGAAAAUCGUUACCCAGGUUGAGGGCUUUGGUCGAUACGAGCUUACCGAUGGAGUCCUCUGGCAGAAUAAUGAGGUGUUUGGGGACCGUAGGUGUGUCGCAUCGGGGACAGUGGAUGGGAGGACAACACGAGAGGUUGUCCUCGAACAACCUCACAAAAUGACAGGCCAUGUAGCAAGUGAGGGCAGGACGGACCAUGAACAGCACCUCUUCUGGGGCCUUCUCUCUCGAGCAAUAUUGGAGAACAAUAGUCCUCGCAGCUUUCUGUGA